AUGAAACGACCUCCUUUUCACCGCCAUAUUUCCACUCCCUCUACCUCUUCUUCCACUUUCAACAAAACCACCACUCCUCCUCCAACUACCUCCAAGAAAGGAUCGGCCAAAUCCACUCGGCCGCCCGUCUAUCACCGCAAGAGCGCUUCAGCUCAUCAGUUCCAUUACCGAAACAAAUCACACCAAUCGCGCGGUAAAUUGUUAGGAGCAGGCUCCGGUCCUGCCAGUCACCCCGUCAACCCGGAAGACGAACACUUGGAGAUGGCGACCAGUUUCUUGCAAUAUUGCGCCAUGUGUGAGAAGCAGAUAACGGUGCCCAGCAACUCGGUUCUGUAUUGCAGUGAAAGCUGCCGUCGCAAAGACUCUUGCAAGCCUCUCUCGGCCUCCUCAUACACAUACACAAUGACCUCCCCUUCCUCCUCACCUAUCUACACAAAUACGCACAUCAACAUGGACUCCUCCUCCACAUCAUCAAUCACAUCCCCCUCUAAACCCAUCCCAGUCGUCCGCCCGACUCUCGGCAGGAUACCCUCCGACCUGCACGACUCCCAAUCGGAUCUUGACCCCACUGAAUGGAAGCCCAUCAUAGCCGGCAGUGAUGGUGGUCGACAACAUGGACGCAACGCAUCAUCGAGCUCACUCGCCUCGAGCGAUGCAUGGACCUAUCUCUCUCAAUUCCACUACCAUCGCGAAGAUCCUAGAAUCUCCUCCUCCACGCCUUCGACGCUGUUGCACGCCAUGAUGCCCUUUCGUCGUACCCCGGUCACCACCCGCAACAGUACAACCAGUCUGUCGACCAUGGGCACACCCUCUCUCGUCAACACGCCCAGCCCGACUACCGCCUCGUCGUCGGUGACGAGUAGCCCACCCUCGUCUUCGGGCGACUACAUCAGCGCUGCUGGUACUACUACCACUUCCUACGGCUACGGAGCAUACGCUUAUGCCGCUGCUGAUUCAGGCCGUCCAUUGCCGCCGCGCCACAACCCGUCCUUCUCGACUAGUGCGGGCGCUACGAAGGGCGUCGAGUUGGUUGUGCCGCAUAUCAUCACUUCGGCGGAGGAUGGGCACGAGGGGCUUUGGAUGAAGGUUUAA